GGUCUAGAAUUAAAAAAAAAAAAUGAAUUUUUGUCUAAAGAAAGAUGUCAGAUUAAGACCAAGAGAUGGCAGUAGUCACAUAUCGUUAAUUUAACAGAACAAAAUGGCUGCGUCCAUAGGUGCAUAGAAAACGAUGAUGUGUACAAAAAACUGAAACAGACUGCGAUCGGUCGGUGGUGUAGAAGUUAGCGCCGAGAAGUUCAUAUGGGUUCUGUGCUCCCUUCCUUCUGACUAGAAAAGUGAUUAUUUGUAAGACUCCCAAGUACAGAGUGACAUCCUCAACUCAUCAAUUACCAUCAUCAUUAUUAUCAUCAUCAUGAAGUUGUCGCCAUGGUUACUGUGCUCCUGCCUUGCGUAUUUCUACUCCUUUAUCAAGAGGACCAUCUUCCGCUUCCGACGGAGACGUUCUAGUGAUCCUAGUCUACCUACCAAAGGAUCAGGUCCAGGGGGAGGCGGACCUAGUUCCUCUGCCAACGGGUCCAGUGCUAAAAACUAUGCCAACACCUCAGGGGUUGACCUUGCGUGGGAUGACUGGGGGGACGGUUCGACUAUGAGCAUCAAGAUCGACCCGACCACUCCCACAGUCGCACCUAGUAACCAAACAGCGCCCUCGUCGCUUAGCAACCCGGAAAAUGAGGAGGAGGAAGAUCAUGUGGACUAUUUUGCAGAUAUGACGCCAAGAUAUAAGAAACCUCCUACGAUACGAAAGAAGACUCCUCAGAUGAUACCCGGUCCGUCUUCAUUAACUCAAGGCCUCUCCAACAGGCUUACUUUAGGGAUGGAUGAAACAGCAGUACUAACGGAUGAGCUAGGCGCUUGGUCAGAAAACGACAAUGGUUGGGGGGAGGAAGCCGGAGACGACUUGGCUUGGGAGGCGGACCAGGUCAUCAGGGAGAAGAAGCUAGCAGAGCGGGAGAGACGCGCUGCCGAGCAACGACGGAAGAAGAUGGAGAGAGAUGCCCAGAGGGUAACGAAGAAAGAUACAGGCAAACUGGCCACAAAAUUAAAAUGAAGGACAGCGUGUAGGAACCUGUGACUUGAUUAUAGCCAUCAUUUCUUAACCCUCUACAUUCUGGAGCCAGGUGUUUCCUGUAUUAAGUCUAUUGGGAUUAGAGAAUUCAGUAGUCAACGGGAUGUAAAGAGGGCGCUUGAUAUGAUGAUAACUCUGCAGUGAGCUUUUUAUGAUCGCCAUGGAAACCGGCUAAUUCUAAAAGAGUGACGACGGAGGUGACAUGUUCGUGUAAGAUUUUGUAUUGUAAAGAAUUAGAGGGAUAUUGAAAUAGUAGGCCAGGGGCUUGUUUCACAAAGCCUUUUUUCAAUGGCAAAUGACAAAAAUCACUGACAAAUCUGCUGAUAACCAAUCACAAGCAAGGAUUUCAGUAGCUUACCGGUAUAUCACAAACUGUCAUUUGUCACUGAUGACAAGUUUUUUGAAACGCCCCCCAUGAGAUGUGCAUCAGUGGUAUUUGAAGACAGGGAGAAAGAUUGUUUGAGGUGUCUAAAAUGGAACCUGUCAAAAUGACCGCAUCUAUAUUACAGUCAAACCUGCUUUUAGUAGCGGCCACCUGUAUGGAAAGACCUGUCUAUAAAGACCACAUUUUGCAUUUCCCUUGAAAACGGUUUCCCAUUGAAACCUGUACUGAAGGACCUUGUACAUAUGAAGACCAUCUGCCAACAGAGACCACUACUCAUGUUUCCCUUGUGCGGUCUUUAUGUACAGGUUUCACUGUAUAGCGGCCUCCUGUUUACAGCAGUCACUUUUCUGCUUCCAUUUGGUGGCCUUGAUGGACAGGUUUGACUGUACUGUACAUGUAUGUUGGAUUAAGGGCCCUGCUUCAUAAGAAACAAAAUUGUCAUCUAUAGCAAAUGCUAUAUAUCUCUUUGACAAGUGUGCUCAUAGCCAAUCAAAUUCAGGAAUUUCAGUAUAUCAUACAUCAAUAAUUUUAAUAAGAUAGUGAUAACAAGAUUAUGACACACUGCCUGUUUUGCUUUUAGAGAUUACAUCACGACAUCACUAAAGGCGCGUCUUCAUCAUCUCAAGAUUGCCAAAUAGCCCGCUAUUUCUGAUUUGGGAAAUAAACCUGAAGUUACAAAUCGCGUCUUCAUCAGCUCGAGAUUCGACCUCGAAUCUCGAAACUCGACUUUGAGAAUUAGCUCGAGAUAUUUUGCUCAGCAUUAGCGCAUAGUGCGAGUCUUCGG